AUGCGCCUCCCUAUCACCCCCCUCUUGCUCGCUCGCAACACCACCACGUCCUCGGUGGCCAUCACGGGCAAUGUGACCGACACGGCCCUCUUCCUUCCGUCCUCCCAGCCGGGCUGGGCCGAGAAGCUCGACCCUCAGAUCAGUGGCUUCUCUAUCGAGAUGGACCACUGGCGUGACUGGGCUGGUAACUAUACGGGCCAGUCCAACGCCUUUGUCAAUACCGCUUUGGGUCACCUGUCCGAGAGGACUGGACAGCCGGUCUUCUUCCGUGUUGGAGCCAACUCGGAGGACCGCGCCACGCUCAACCUCAGCGUCCAGGUCAUGGACGCCGUGUUCCCUGAGGCCACCGCAGACGUCCCUGCCCCUGAAGCCACGAGCAUCUCUAUCGGCAAUGACUUUUACGCGCUGUCGGGCAACCUCCCCAAGGGCACCCUGUUCCACUGGGGUGUCAACCUCAAGGUGCUCAACGCGACCGAGACUCUUGCUCAGGUCUCCCACCUUGAAGAAUCGUUUACACGCAACACCACAAAGGACGUUGUGCUCAAGUAUGUCGAGUUCGGCAACGAGCCGGACGUGUUUGCUGGCUUUGCGAGCGUAGCCGCCGGGUGGGAGGCCUGGAACGUCGGCAACUACACAGCCACCUGGACAGCUGUGGCCAAGAGCGCCGCCAAGGGUAUCGCCAAAGCAGGUGCCAAGCUCAGCCCUGGCUCGUUUGUCAACUUUGGUCCUCAGUUUGGAUCGCUCUCAUGGACCCCCUCGGCGGCGUUCAUGGAUGGCAUGCUCGCCGACAACCAGGUUGCCAAGAACACGGGCCAGUGGACGAUGCACCAGUACUCUGGAGCGUUUGCCGACGGCAUUGCGGUCACACCGGGUACCCUUAUGGACAAGACCAACAUCCGUACCAACAUCUCGUCCAAGGCCGACGGUAUCCGGUUCACCAAGAGCCAGGGACUGGCGUAUGUGCUGUCUGAGACAAACUCGUAUGCCAACCACGGUAUUCCGGGCCUCAGCAACACGGCCGAGCAGACCCUUUGGGCGAUCCAGCAGAUGCUUCAGGGCGCCAGCAUGGGCAUCGGUCGUCACCACUUCCACAACGGCCGCGGGUUCAAGUACAACGUCCUCCAGCCUAUUGCCCUUGAAGGCACCGGUGUCGACGACGGCACCGGCCGCCAGGACCGCCCCCACAUCAUGCCGCUGUACUAUGCCUUCCUGGUGGUCAACGAGGCCGUGGGCAAGACGGGCAACAGCUACAUUGUCGAGCUCCCGACCAACACCUUGAAGCUGUCGGCGUACGGUGUGUUUGAGAACAAGAAGCUCGUCCGCGCUGUGCUUGUCAACACGGACGUUUACACUGCCGACUCGUCUGCGCGUUCCGGCCAGAGCGUCACUCUCUCGGGAGGGUCGUCGAGCGCCACCCUCCGCCGCUUCUCCACCCCCUACACCAACUCGACGACCGGGUUCACCUGGGCCGGCCAGGACUUUGACACGGCCACGAGCGACCCCGUGGGCACUGUCAGCGACGAGGCUGUCAACGGCGGUGUUAUUACCCUGGAGGCGUCCAGCGCAGUUCUCGUUUCGUUCAACUGA